AUAAAGAAUUUUGCUCAUUCUCAUCCAGAUUGAGAUUUUAUUUCCAUCAGCUAGCUGUCCAUCAUGAAGCUGAAUCUUUUUCUUCUUCUGCUUCUCACAGGACUGGUCCCAGUUGCUAUCCUACGAACUGUCCUUCACAAAUAUCACCUGAUAAUGACAGGGGUGACAUGGCCUGUUGCACAGAAUUACUGCCGGGUGACUUACAAUGAUCUGGCAACAGUCGUUAGUGAUUUUGAUUGGCUAAGAUUGAAGAAAGAAACAGCAGACAAAAAUCUGGCAACAUUUGCCUGGGUUGGAUUAUACAAUGAUAUCAAUAGCUGGCGCUGGUCCUUAAACAACCUUCCACUGAAGAAUGUCACUUAUACAAACUGGUACUCUGGAGAGCCUAAUAAUCUCGGUGGAAAUGAAGCAUGUGGUAUCAUAAGUAGUGGUAAUGCAUGGUGGGAUUUCCCAUGUUCAGGACUAAUUCCCUUUAUCUGCUAUAAUGCUAAUUUCAGUGGUGCUGCCCGGUUUAUUGGCAUCACUACACCUCUGUCCUGGCCUCAAGCUCAGGCUUACUGUAGAGAACAUCACACAGAUUUGGCCAGCGCUCUUAACAGUUCAGACCAAAACAUGUUAUGGCAGGUGAGGAAUAUCCAGGGUGAUUCCUGGAUUGGGCUCUACAGAGACACAUGGAAGUGGUCAGAUGGAACCAUCGCUUCAAACCUCCCAUGGGCUCCUGGACAACCUGAUAAUGAUUAUGGCAAUGCAAACUGUGCAGUGGCU